AGCAGCAUCUCAGAAGUGGUUGAAGUGGCUCGUUAGCAGCCGGCAAGACAUGGCCCCAGCGAUGGAUCCCUGCUCCUUCGCUUCUUUCUCCAAAUGCACAACCAAGCAUUUGAACCUGGUUUUCCACGUUGAUUUUGAACGCCGUGUAAUCAAAGGAAAGGUCUCUCUUACCUUAGAAGUACUGGAGGACAAACUUUCUUGUUUGACCCUCGAUACCAAAGACCUCACCAUCACCAAGGUAAUAGCCAAUGGUCAGGUGGCCAGCUUCAGUAUGGGUACCAAGCACAGCUUCAAUGGGACUCCUCUUGAGAUUCAGCUGCCCUUGGAAGUAUUCCGGGGGCAACAUGUGAUUGUGGAGGUGACAUAUGAAACGUCCCCCAGGGCCUCCUCACUGCAGUGGCUUAACCCCGAGCAGACUGCUGGCAAGAAGCAACCCUAUCUGUUCAGCCAAUGUCAGGCAACUCACUGCAGGUCCAUGAUUCCAUGUCAGGAUGGCCCAUCGGUGAAGCACACGUACUAUGCACAGGUGUCUGUCCCUAAGGAGCUGGUGGCAGUGAUGGGUGCACUGCGUGAUGGACAGGAGACUGACCCCCAGGACAACAGCAGGACAAUCUAUCGCUUCAGGCAGACUGUUCCCAUACCUUCAUACCUAAUCGCACUCGUGGUUGGAUCAGUGGAGAGCAGGGAAAUUGGGCCCAGGUCCCGGGUGUGGUCCGAGAAAGAGCUGGUGGACCAGGCAGCCUAUGAGUUUGCUGAGACAGAGACCAUGCUGAAGACUGCUGAGAACCUCAUAGGCCCCUAUGUGUGGGGGCAGUACGAUAUCCUGCUUCUUCCCCCCUCCUUCCCCUAUGCGGGCAUGGAAAACCCUUGCCUGACAUAUGCUACGCCCACUCUGUUGGCCGGGGACAGGUCUUUGGCUGGGGUCAUUGCCCAUGAGAUCUCCCACAGCUGGACUGGAAACCUGGUCACUAUCAAGAACUGGGAGCACUUUUGGCUGAAUGAAGGUCACACAGUAUACCUGGAGAGGAUGAUUGCCAGGUGCCUGGAGAGUGAACAGUUCAGACAGUUCAAGGCCAUUGGGGGGUGGAAAGAAAUGCAGGAAGCGGUGAAUAUGUUUGGGGAGAAAAACCCCAUUACCAACUUGGUUCCAUGUCUGGAUGAGGUGGACACUGAUCAGGCCUUCUCCUGCAUCCCAUAUGAGAAGGGCUUUGCGUUCCUAUACCACCUGGAAGAGCUCUUGGGUGGUCCAGAGGUCUUUAUGGGGUUCAUCAAGUCCUACAUUCAACUGUUUGCCUAUUCCAGCAUUAGCACUGAUGAGUGGAAGGACCACUUGUACACCUACUUCAAGGAUAAAGUGGAAAUUCUCAACAAAGUCGACUGGAAUGGCUGGAUGCACACGCCUGGGAUGCCACCUGUCAAAAAUCGAUAUGAUACCACCCUGGCAGAUGUCUGCAUCGCUCUCUGCCAGAGAUGGGUCCAGGCGAAUGAGGCAGACCUGGCCAGCUUCAGCGAAGCUGAUGUGAAAAACCUCUCGUCUCCUCAGCUGAUCGAGUUUCUGGCCCUGCUGCUACAUGAGAAGCCCAUACCUCUCAGUCAUGUGAAGAGAAUGCAGGAGGUCUACAACCUGAACGGCAUCAAAAACGCUGAAAUACGAUUCAGGUGGUUGCGGGUUUGUCUCCGAGCCAAAUGGGAUGAGGCUGUACCUCUGGCUUUCAAGAUGGCCACUGAACAAGGACGCUUGAAGUUUACACGCCCCCUCUUCAGAGAGCUGCAUGGCUUUGAGAAGUUCCGCCAGGAGACGGUCGGCGUGUUUGUGAAGCACCGCGCCUGCAUGCACCCUGUUGCCGUCGCUCUGGUGUCCAAAGACCUGAACGUAGACCAGCCGCAGAGCAAAGCUGCGUAGCUGCACCGCGAAAGCAUGGAAACGAGCUUCCUGCAUUAAAAACAGCAUGCAUACGGCAUAACAGUAUAGCUUGUCAUAUUAAUAAGCAGUUGUAAUACCCUAGCAGUCAAAGGUUUUUGCACACACUGAGAGUUUCUACAUUUGCAUGUUACUCACUUAACAUUUACAAAAAAUUCUUAGCUAACAAAUUAAUUUAAUUUAUGAUAUGUUCACCAUUUGAGUAUCUUUAUUAGCAAGUACCUGGGUCCGGUGGAAUUCACACUUCUCGCCUUAUAUAUCAUUGAAGGGCGAUUAAAUACUGCUUUGUUUCAUGGGAUGAAAUAGUUAACUGGUGCAUCUAAAGUUAAAGGACAGCCUAGAAUUUGACUAUGCCAUCGCCAUACAACUAGUUAAUUGGAUGUCAGACAUGCACUGUUACAUACUCUAUCCAUAUUAUAAAGGAAACUAGUUACUUAUGUUUUCAUUUAUGGUGUUUGCUCUAACAGGAAUAAGAAAAUCUGCAGUUUACGAAAUAAAUGGAAAAGUGAUAAAAACCCAUAGCGUGGAAAAACUUUUCACUGGUAGUGCAGGUAUUUAGCUUUGCAACGAAAAUGAGAUUAGUGUUUUGAGUGUUCAUUUUUAAGUAAACUAUGCAGGAAAUCAAGCUUUUAUUUUACAAUAAAUGGGCAGCACGCGCAUUUUGCAUGGAGUUGGGGUUGCUUUGCUGCUGUUAGCAUUUCAAAUAAAAAAAAAGGAAAACCGA